CCGCGCCUAUCGGCAGCCCAGAACUGAACGGAGCUGAGCUGUAACUGUAACUGUACGUUAACUGUAACUUAGAGACUGUUUGAUGUCGUUUAUUCUCCUCUUAAUCUGAUUGAACUCCGACUCCGGACAGUGUGGGGCUGUCUGGGCUGAGGGGAAAGGAGAGGAAUGCUGAGUGGAGUUUUUAAAUCGGCGCCCAGGCCCACUGAUAAAGCAGAAUCACUGACAGCCGACCGAAACAGAUCCAACAACAAUGAGAGCGUGUUCGGAAACAGCAAAGCAAAGGAGAGUCUCUCGGUCGACAGAGAGCUGCUGGUCGGCGGCGCUGACCCCUCUGACCGCUCUGUGAGCAGCGAUAACUCAGGCGUUCUCAGCGGCCUGUUCAGGAGAUCGCCCAAACCCCCUCCAAAAUCUGCGCAUGCACAGGAGAAAAGUGCACCUGUUUACUCCGAACCGUCAGCCAGAGAUGGAAAUCCGUCCAACCAAACCAACAGUGGAGUGUUCGGGUGGAUUUUCAGGAAUCCAUUCGGCUCCUCGGCUCAGGAGAGGGAAAAAUCAGAGCCGCCUGGAGAGACACACUCAGGAUCCGCACAGCCUCUUUUUCUUAAUCAGGAGUGCGGCUCUGAAGCUGAAGACAGGCCGGCUCCUGCACAGCUCCCAGUUGACUCAGACUGUAAAACCAAAGCGGAUGAGACUCCCCCCGUUCCCCCCGUCCCCCCCAGACCCACCGAGGAGGAGCUCAGCAAUACCAUCUCAUACCGUCUCAGUCUACUGAAUGCAGCAGAGAGAGGCUGUAAUCAGCAGGAGUGCGGUGGUGAAGGAGUGCAGGAGGAGCGAGAGGAUGAGCGGAUAAAGAGUGGAGUGACGGAGAGAGAGGAGAACGUAUCUGAGGCGGCACCGAAGAAAUUAAAGAAGCCCAAACAGCAAUCUAAAACUGAAACUGCAGCAGAGUGGAAGUCUGAGGACCAGGAUGUUGUGGCCUGCAGUGACCGCACUGAGGAUGACAGUGAGGAGUGUGUGGAAACAGCCGGAGAGGCUGCGAACCAACAGGAGAGAGACGGCAAGCAGGAGAGCGCUGAGAAAAGCUCGCUGCCGAAGAAGAAGAACGUGAAGAAGAAGAAGAAUCCGUUUAUGCCUCAUGUGGCACCAAAGGGUAAAGCGCUUCAGAAGAGGAGUGGAACCGGAGCUGAACCUGUGGAGAACGAUGUCCAGAAGAAGUCCCUCAUGGAGCAGCUGAACGAUCUUCGUUUGGAGAGAGCGCACAAGGAGGAAGAGGACCUGGAGGGCCUGAUGGAGUGGUGGAGCACAGUCACGCAGUGGGAGCAGAUGCCGAGAAAUGAAGACAUGACAGAGAAGGAGGAGGCCAAAGCGUUUGCGGUGACGGCGGAGAAGGUGCAGAGGGGCAUCCGCGUCUUCAACCAGCUGUUCUCAGAGCGAGCCGAAGGCCUUUGGCAGCACGUCAUUGACCUGAGGGCCAUUGCUGACGGCCUGGACCGAUUCAACUGGAGGACCAAAGUGGCCCAGAUCACCGGUGGCUCCACCAGCGCUGUGGGUGGCGUGGCAACCAUCACCGGCCUCGCCUUGGCACCGGUUACCAUGGGAACAUCUCUUAUCGUCACGGCAGUGGGCCUGGGGGUGGCGGCUGCCGGUGGCCUGACCUCUGCGUCCGCCGGGAUCUCCAACGCGGUCAACAACUCUCAGGACCGCAAGAAGGUGGAGCGGAUCGUGGAGGACUACCAGAGCAAGAUGGCCGACAUCAACAAGUGCAUGAAGUUCAUCAAGCAGGGCAUUGAGAACCUGCGGCAGUUCAAUCUGCUGAGGGUGAAGAAGCAGGCCUACAACCGAGACUUCCCAGGCCUCAACGGCGUCUACGAGGAUGGCGCCAUGGCCAGCAAGGCCGUCCUCAUCAACGCCAACGAGAUCAUGCGGGUGGUGCAGAUCGCCAACGUUGCGGGCAGCACGGCGGCCCGAGCGGUCCAGAUCGCCAGCAUGGCCACCGGCGUGCUCACAGGGCUCUUCGUGGGCAUGGACAUCUACUUCGUGGCCAAAGACUCGCAGGAGCUCAGGAAAGGAGCCAAGUCGGAAUUCGCAGCCAAGAUCCGGGAGGUGGCCGACCAGCUGCACGAAGGCUUAGUGGAGCUCAACACCAUCCGAGAGGAGCUGCAGUGUUCAGGAACUAAUGCUGGAGCCUCCGCUUCCACCUCCACCUCACCUCCACGGAGCACUGAAGGCAACCUGGAGAAAACCAGUCAGUCCUGAUUCAGGGGUUGAGAUGUAAUCAGAGUGAUUCAGAGUGGUUUGGUGUGAAAUGGUUCAGAUGUCUUUACAGUGGUGCUGAUAGGAACCAGGGGUCGCCAUGACUACAGCACAAAUAUAGACAUUUUAUUU